AUGCGUCAUAGAGGCGCCGCCUCCCCGAUCACUUCCGUAAACAAAGGGCGCUGUGGAGGCUCCAGGAACGUGAGCGGAGCCCAGUCAGCCGCGGCCGUGGCCUCCGAGACUGUGGGAAAUUUGCAGGUUGUGGAGAGGGACCCGAACCCCCUUCUUCUUCGGGUGUUAAGAAACUGGCCUUGGUUCAGCAAAGAACUUGAAAUGGAAGAGCGAAAGGUGAAGAGGAGGAGUCCUAAGUCUUUUAGUGCCCACUCCACUCAGGUUAAUGCCAAAAAAAAUGCCAUUCCAGUGAGCAAAAGCACAGGGUUUUCAAAUCCUGCCUCACAAUCAACUUCCCAGCGACCAAAGUUAAAAAGAGUUCUGAAAGAGAAGAACAGACCUCAGGGUGGAGAAGGGAAAGGUGCCCAGGCUACCCCUAUCCAGCACUCCUUCCUCACCGACGUCUCGGAUGUGCAGGAGAUGGAGCGGGGGCUUCUCAGUCUCCUCAAUGAUUUCCACUCUGGUAAACUUCAAGCAUUUGGAAACGAGUGUUCCAUAGAACAGAUGGAGCAUGUUCGAGGAAUGCAGGAGAAGUUAGCUCGCUUGAAUUUGGAGCUUUAUGGGGAGUUAGAGGAACUUCCUGAGGACAAGAGGAAAGCAGCCAGUGAUGUCAAUCUGGACAGGCUGCUGUCUGAUGUGAGUAGAGUUGAAUUCAGACAAAAGCUACACUUGGCAGAUGCACAAGACGUUCCUAAUACUUCUACCAGCUAAAGUGAAACACAGUUUGCUUUCUUGGGUUUGCGGAGAAGCAGCAUUCGUAUGUACCUUCAGUAGCUAACUUCAGUAGUAGAAUCAUCUUCCACACCAGGAAUUAAAGUCAUUAAAGUGCAUUGAUUGUUCCCCCUACUGCUUUUAGUAUACUUGCUUGCUAUAAUUCACUGUAACUGGAGGUCAGGGCCUUGGGGAAGGCUUGCUUGGGACAUGGAGAGGUCUGAGAGGUCGUGCUGCUGUGCUUUAUACUGUUGCCUUACAGGGUUAUACUUGAAAUGCAUUGUGCUAACUGUUCUUGAUGGGGCUGGAGGGCACUACCCCCACCACCAGGGAGAUCCUCGGUGGGUGGUGCCCUGACCCACUGCUUCAGUUGUGGUGUGGCAGCCCCGCUUCAGUUUACUUUAGACAAUCAGUACACACACAGGUGUGUUUGCCAAUGGCCAGUGAUGACUAAAUGUUAAAUAAGUAUUGUGAGAUUUGCUAUUUUUAAUAAAGUGAUUGUUUUAAAUUA